CACUUUGAGCGAAUUUACAGGGUAUACAGAUUUGACGGAUUUUCCUGAAAUUUCGCUAAAACAUUCCCGGGAUAAUGACUGACGAAAUGUUGUCAGGAAAUUUUCAGAAUUUUGAUAAUUAAAAUAUUUUUCCCUUGGCGUCCAUUUACGCAACACGUCUCGCAUAUCAGUUAGCUGCUCCAACUUUAGAUGUGAAUGACAACCAAUCAGAAUAUCGAAAAAGCCUGACACACUCUUGUUGAUUGAUGCCUUGUGAAUAAGACUGUGCAGCCAUUUCUUUCUUGCUGCGGUAUCCGAUACCCGAUUAAUUCAAAACUCGUUUGCUUGACGCCGGCUGGCAGUCGAAAUUUACUCACUGGUGCACUGGUGAGUUUUGCUCCCCGCCAGUUUUGACCUAUGGCACGUGAUACUUUCUCCACCAAUUGGAAAACGUUUUUGAGUUGAGAGGUAGAUUUGUCCCACGUGAGAACUUUCCUGCGACAAGAGCGACGUCGCCGCUAUGGAAGCUCUCGGAUUUGGGUGCAUUCAGAGAUGGAAAGUCUAAUGUCUACCACAGAGGACAUAACUGUAUUGGUACACGUUCUGCAUAGGGCCAAGCGGGAUAACACCAAAGACCACUGGCACUGAACGAAGUAGUUCUUGUAAGAACUGAUAAUGUGGGGUGCUCGGCUGUGGAGGUACCUGCAGUAUUCCAUGAAGGUCACGUCUCAACGUUAUUGCUCAACAAGUGCCCGGUACCCCAAGAGAGGAAAUUAUUCAAAGGUGACAGAUGAUGAUAUUAAAGCUUUUGAAAGUUUUAUUCCUUCCAGGGUAGUAACAGAUCCGCAAGAAAUAGCACCGCAUAAUGUUGACUGGCUGAAAAUGGUCAAAGGAACAAGUAAGGUGCUUUUGAAGCCAAAAACUACCAAAGAAGUUUCAGAUAUUUUGACCUACUGCAACUCACGAAGAUUAGCAGUAGUCCCUCAAGGUGGAAACACUGGUUUAGUUGGUGGAAGUGUCCCUGUAUUUGAUGAAAUAAUCUUAUCUACGUCGUUGAUGAAUCAAGUGUUGAGCUUUGAUGAUGUUUCAGGCAUCCUCAUUUGUCAAGCUGGUUGUAUUUUAGAGUCUCUGGAGAACAUGAUGGAAGAUCGAGGCUUUGUUAUGCCAUUGGACUUAGGAGCAAAGGGAAGUUGUCAUAUUGGUGGAAAUAUAGCAACAAAUGCUGGGGGUUUGAGACUGUUGCGAUAUGGCUCCCUACAUGGCAGUGUUCUGGGACUUGAAGUGGUUCUUUCAGAUGGUACCAUACUUGACUGUCUUUCUUCAUUGCGGAAGAAUAACACAGGAUAUGAUGUUAAGCAGCUAUUCAUCGGUUCAGAAGGCACACUAGGUAUCAUAACAGCUGCAUCAAUCCUGGUUCCAACAAGACCAAAGACAGUAAAUGUUGCUUUCCUUGGUUGUGAGACCUUCUCAGAUGUACUCAAGAUAUAUAAACUGGCAAGGGGUAUGUUGGGGGAAAUCUUGUCAGCGUUUGAAUUCCUGGAUGACUUUUGUAUGAACCUUGUGGAAAUGCACCUUGGACUGCAUAAUCCAAUUAGUAAACAGCCCUUUUAUGUUCUGUUGGAGACAUCUGGUUCAAACAGCACUCAUGAUGAACAGAAACUUGAUGGAUUUCUUGAGAAAGUUAUGGCUCAGAAUACUGCCCAGGAUGGAACACUGGCAACAGACCUCUCAAAGAUAAACGCAGUGUGGGACCUAAGAGAAAGAAUAGCGGAGGCCUUGAUGUACUGUGGUGCGGUCUACAAGUAUGAUCUGUCACUUCCAUUGCCAAAGAUGUAUGAGCUUGUGUCCCACAUGAGAGAAAAACUGGGUGACAAGGUGACUAAUGUUGUUGGAUAUGGCCACCUUGGAGAUGGAAACUUGCAUUUGAACUUUACAACAAAUCAUCAUAGUGAUGAAGUGUUGAACUCAAUUGAGCCAUAUGUUUACGAAUGGACGGCAAAUCAUUGUGGAAGUAUUAGUGCAGAGCAUGGCCUGGGAUUCAAGAAAGCAAACUACAUACAUUUUUCACAGUCGUCGUCAUCAGUCACACUUAUGAAAGGCCUCAAACAACUUUUUGAUCCCAAGGGAAUUUUGAACCCUUACAAAGUUCUUCCACAUUGACUGUUGGCAAAGAAGACUACUGACAACAUGGACUUAUUAAGCUGACAUUUCCUCUUUAGUGAGAUGGACUGGUUAAGCUAACUUUUCAACAAUAAUUAUUAUUGUAGGGCUUUGAAUACUGUUUUUAUUUCAUAAUAUUAGUAUGCUGGGAGACCAAAAUAAUGCAACAAAUAGUAGUACUUUUAAUAGUUAUUUUUCUAUACAUCACUGAUUGUCCAAUGUAAGGGUAGGUUAUGUGAAAAUGGAGCAGAGGUGUAAAAUUGGAAAAAAUCAUCUCGCUGAGUUUAACUGAAGUAGAUCACAUAAGUGGGUUAUGAGUUACAGGAAAGAAAGAAAUGCUGUACACUUUUCUGAGAAGCGUAGUUACCAAGAGGUGGUGUUGAGGGGCGUUUUGAGGAUAUGAAGUCACCAUGUGAAGGUUGCUUCUUCACAGGGUAAGCUUAAUUAGCCUCAAACAUAAUCUUUUAUUUCAUUUGGUGGUUCUAUAUAAUCUUGGUGGUGUUCUGAGACAUUCUUAAUUUGGAUUUAGUUCAAACUGGACAUUUAUAUUGAUCAUUAGUUUGGACAAAUUUAAGUUGCCUAUAUUUGGGCUUUUGUCUUGUAUUUUAGGUGAAAUAUGUAUCUUAUGAUUUCUUUAAGGGUUUUAUCCUGAGUUUCACUGCAAACACUUCAUGCCACCAAGGAACUUAGAAUCAGUUGCUUGUUAACAUUGCAAUCUUGGGGGUGGGGCAUUUGAAUUUUACUGCGCGUGGGCUAGGCAUAUCCCUUCCCCCUGAGAUAACCCUGGGGCAUUUGGUACCCUUGUGGUUUCAGGUCAUGUGGAGUAAGGAGAGUGCAAACAUGAUGUUCUUCCCUUCACUAUUUCAUCGCCUUUUGAUCAAAUUAUAUAAAUCAAAUGAAGUUAGUUCCACAUAAUAUAUGGAUUUAAAAGCUAUCUGAGUAUUCUGGCUGCAGGUAUCUACUAUUUCCUUGUUUCACAUGCAGAAUCACCAUCUCUAGUUGUGUUUAAGUUUCGUACUGUUCACAUGUUGCACGUAAAUAUUAUUGUGGUAGUAAAUAAGAAAAUGGUGACAGGCACGGUUAUUUACAUGUAAACUUAUCAUUCUGUUUAAUUUCAUAUUUUUUGCGAACUGUUUAAAUUUAUUCUCAUUUCUGUGGGACAGACUUGGCAUAUUCUUAGUAGGUGUUUAAUAAAAAAGUAAUAACUUCUGUUUAGA